AUGCGGGUGCGGCGGAGGAGCGGGCUCUUAGCUCGGGCAUCCGAUUCAACCAGGAAGAAAUCCAGUUCAAACUCUCCGAUUGCAGCCUCGCCAGCUCUUCCCGGGAGCGUCCACAUUGAAGAGAGGAUUGCUUCGAAAAAUCUAGUGCACAGCUUUUAUUUGGAUGAAAAAUCAUGGCACGAGAUUGGAGGAGCAGCGACCGCAACCAGGGAUGACUCAACCCGCUGGAGGUCGAAUUUUUUCCUCCCGGCGGGCUUCCCAGGAUCCGUUUCACAAGAUUACUUGCAGUACAUGGUAUGGCAGCUUCCAACAAACAUCACGGGUUGGAUUUGCAGGGCUUUGAUAACUUCAAGCCUUUUGCAAGCUGUAGGAUUGAGCACAGAACCUGGAUCAGCUGCUGCAGCGUCAGCAGCUAUAAAAUGGGUUACCAAAGACGGGCUUGGAGCUGUAGGCCGGCUUUUUAUUGGUGGUCGAUUUGGAGGUGUCUUUGACCAGGAUCCAAAACAGUGGCGUAUGUAUGCGGAAGUUAUUGGAAGUUUUGGCGGUCUAUUUGAGCUCGCAACUCCUCUUGCUCCCGACUAUUUCCUGCUGCUCGCUUCUUUGGGACACUUAACUAAGGCUGUUGCAAGAGGACUCAAGGAUCCAUCUUUCCGAGUGAUCCAAAACCACUUUGCAAUCUCGGAAAAUGUUGGAGAUGUGGCUGCUAAGGAAGAAGUAUGGGAAGUCGCUGGCCAGCUUAUUGGCCUUUCACUUGGUGUCGCGCUUCUUUCGACACCUGUUGUUGCAACUUCGUAUUCCCAGCUCGCACUAUCCUGGAUGAUAAUUCGCUCGUUUCAUUUAUGGCUUCGAUACCAAACACUUGCAGCUCUCGAACUCCCAACAAUGAACUUCAAGCGGCUAAAUGUGUUGAUAAUGGAGCAUAUUCAAGGCCGCCCGCUAUCAGGAGUUAGCGAGUGUAAUAAGAAGGAAAAUCUGAUACUACCUUAUACAAUGCUAAUGCCUCAAAUUCGACUGGGCUGUUCCUUAAGAGAAGUCAUUACGCUUGGCAAAACUCCACUAGAGAUAGAAGAAGCAUUCGAGCUUUACAACUCAGAGAAAUAUGUUCUCAUUGUGUUCUCCAAGUCCAACAUGGGAAUCCUUCUCAAGGAUGGAUGCGAGAACACCACACUCUUAAGAAGCAUCUAUCAAGCUCAUGUUCUCUUCCACUCCAAAAGCUUUGACACCUUCACUUUGAAGCAGAGCCUGACCAGCAUGCAAAAGAGUUUUGCCUCGUUUCUCGACGAGCUCGUAGCUGCCGGAUGGAAUCCCAGCAAGCUAGUCGUCAAGGUUCCAAGUUUUUCGCCGACUUACACCCUCAAAGCAAACGUGGAAGAGAGACAACAAUGAGACAAGGCUGGUAUUUAUCUUUUCUCUCG